AUGCUCGUACCCACCGCCCCCGUCAACAUACCAUCGCGUGGGCCAUCUCGCGGGCCCACUCCGCCACCAGACCUCCCUCAACUCGAAUGGUCCGGGUCACCCGAGUCGCCAUCGCUGGCGACCCCUCAAACGCCCGCCAUACGGACCCUCGUCGGUCCGCACCCCGUCGCAUUGGAACCCAGCAAGCGCCACAUUACGUACGCCUACGAACUACCCAGCACCUCGUUUCCCAGCAGCUACGGUGACUCGAGCAGACAUCGGCGGCGGAGCAGCACCCCGUUCGCCUUCGAGCUCGGGGACGCCGCGAUUGACGAGGGCUCCGAGCCCGACUCUGGUCCCACUCUUGGAGCCCCAGACCCUGCGCCGAUGACGCCACAGGCAACCCCCGCCCGCGGGUCGGGAACGAGCACGCCGACCUCGCCCAGCUCGUCGUUCGGUGCAGCUAUGCGCCGUCAGAUAGCGCGCUCCAAGACUUCGAUGCGGCAGCUGAGGGGCGACGACGAUGAGGGCGAGGCCCCUCGGCAGCGCCUCAAGAGCCUCAUAACCCGUCGUAGCAGGGCGCAGAGCAUGACGUCGUCACCUUCACCGUCUAUCAUAGGCAGCGUGAGCUCCAGCGCACAGGUGAGCGUGCAGGCCUCCCUCGACAUGGAGGGCUACGACGAAGUGGGUAUCAUGCCUGGUCGACGGGCGCGGGGCAAAUCGAUAGUCCAGAACGCGCGGGAGCGACUGCAGCGUCGGCGCUCGAGCUUUGCCGGGCUCCCAACGCCGUCAGUUACGCCGCCGUUCAACGUCGCGUUUACCAGCGCCGGUCUCCACAGUGCGGCACCACUGCCGUCGGACGAGAUCGUGUGGGGCACAUUAAGCUACCGUGCGCCACCGACGCCGCAGCCAGUAGACCACUUUGGCACCACGCUCCCGAGAGAGCUCAAGGUUGCAGUCUUCCGAACAGUCUUGGAGGACUGGGAGGCACGCGGGGGAAACGGUCGCUGGGACGGGGUAAACGGUGGACGCCGCGAGCUCGUCCGCUUGUCCAGGGUUAGCAGGGAGUGGCGUAGUCUCUGCUUCGACGGACAGCUGUGGGCCCAUUGCGACUUGACGCCGUUCGUUACUGUGCUUCCCAGUGCGACACUCAGGACGAUCCUCGUGAACGCCCGCGCGUGUGUCAAAUCACUCUCGCUCCACGGGCUGGAAUCACUCAACGGCUCGGCGCUCGUCUGCCGCAGCGAGCCCCGCCUUCCGAACUUCUCGUCGCUCGCGUCCCUCGAUCUUCGGGGAUGCCACUCAGUCUCCGAGAUGGACCUCAUCGACCUCCUUGCGCUCGCGCCUGGUCUCAAGGCGCUCAACCUCAAGGGCUCCCGCGUCGCUACCAUCUACACUCUCGACGCGAUCCGGAACAAGAUUGACGCACUCGAGGAACUGGACGUCAGCCGCUGCUGGCAGUUACGUUUCCUCGACAUUGAUAAGUUUGUCGUCAGCCUCACCCUGCCGCAACGUCGGGCACUCACGACGCUCCGCGUCGCUGGCCUCCCAAUGGCCUCGGGAUACCUGCUGCAGCACAUUCCCGACUGCGCGCCAAACCUCGAGUGUCUCGACCUCAUGGGCUGCAGCUGGAUAGGCAUGCGUGACAUGCAGGAGUACGUUGCGGCGCUCGGCGACCGUCCCAGCUCGCUCCGCCAUCUCGUCAUCUCGAACUGCACUGGUCUCACCCCUGAGGCACUAGAGCUUCUGGUGGACCGCAUGCCAGAGAUGCGCAUUCUCGAGGCGGCCAACCUCGAGUCGGUCUUCUACCUCGACCCGCCACCUACUCUUUCACGUCUCGUGCGUUCGAUGCCCAAGCUUGAGCGCAUCGACCUCGACGGUUCGGGACGAUACGGCGGUGUCGAGGACCGCCUCCUCCACGAGCUCAUCCCCGGCGCAUGCCGCGGCUCACCACUCGAGGAGAGCCGCCUGGUCGAGCUGCGUAUCGGCAACGCCAAGUUUGUCUCCAAGGCCGCGAUCAUGCGCCUCAUCGAGGGCCUCCCCAACCUUCUGAUCUUCAUAGUAGAUGGUACUGAGGCUGACGACGCCGUCAUGAAGGAGUGGCACCGCCGCCACCCCAGUCCCGAGAGCAUGAUCAGCAUGAUCGACUGCUCGCUCUCGUCGGAGGCGUAUGACCGGCUCGCGCCCAAAACCCGCCCUCGCCGCGGGUGGGCCGACUACCGCGGGGCGCCGUUCCGGUACACGUCCCUCGAGCUUGCUGAGCGUCCGGUCUUGCGUGCAUUCUGGGCGUGGCGCCGCGUCGGAGUGCCCCUCCAGUGGCGGCAGGCGCGUGAGGCGGGCGAGCGCGAGCUAGAACAGCGCCAGCGCGAUAGCGUUCCCAGUUAUGACCGGUACUCGCGGCGUCCGAGCUGGUGGGCGACGCGAAACGACGACAUCGACAUGGAGCGCGGAGCGUGCACCAUCAUGUGA